UGUUAAUACUUUAACGUGGCUAACGUUUGACAUCAGCCUUGUCAUAUUCACAGAUGUUAGAACAUAGAAGCUAGAACAAGUACCAGUCAACCGCGCCAAGCUCCAAGAACACCCAAAUAACUUUCUACCAUUUUGUAUGCAGUGCACCCUUCCAAGUCAAAUUGUUCUACUAAAUUGAAACUCCUCCAGGGCAUUAAAUAUUACGUUGAAAACCAAGAAUAUUUAAUAUUUUUAUCCCUUUAAAUAGUGAUUUUGCUGGCUGGAUUUUUUUUUCUUUUUUUUUUUUUGAAAUUUAAUUGUUUCUCCUGUUUUGAGGUGAUGGGGUGGAAGUACCAUGCCGGGUUGGGGUUGAUUGGAACUGUUGUGUUGAUAUGGGUUGCUUCUGCAGAGAUUACUCAGAAAAUUUUUGCUCAGUAUAGACAACCGUUUGCUCUUACUUAUCUGGGGGUAUCCCUAAUGGUGCUAUUCCUGCCAAUAGCAGUUUGUAAAGAUUGGAUUUUCCAUUUAUUGGGCAAGAGCUCGUCUACUAAGUUUUACGGGGACAAUCUACUCAUAGAUCCAUCAAUUGAACUGGAUGUUCCUCUAAGAGCAAGUGAAACUACCUUUGAUUCAAGGGACAUGUUGAAGAGCUGCGAUCUUGAUGAUACAGACCUAAAUGCAACAGAAGAAGUGCUAUUGACGUUUGACCGAGAUGAUGAAAUUCCUAUACUUGAAAAGGCUUAUAAACUUAGUUCGUGGGAAAUUGUCAAAUGCAGCUUUUAUCUUGCUCCAAUAUGGUUUGCGACUGAGUAUUUAUCAAACUCUGCCCUUGCUAAUACUAGUGUGGCCAAUACGACAGUGUUGACUUCAACAUCAGGGCUCUUCACUCUAUUCUUUGCAGCACUCAUUGGUCAGGAUUCCAUAAAUGUUGCUAAGGUUCUUGCUGUAUUUGUUAGUAUUGCUGGUGUUCUCAUGACCACCAUUGGGAAAACAUGGGCUUCGGAUGAAAUGCUGAGUGCCUCUCAGAGUAAAAGACAUAGCAUCAUUGGAGAUUUUUUUGGUCUUCUCUCAGCAGUGUCCUACGGCUUAUUUACGGUGCUACUAAAGAGAUCUGCUGGAUCAGAUGGAGAGAGAGUUGAUAUGCAGAAGAUUCUUGGAUAUAUUGGACUUUUUACUCUUCUUGGCCUUUGGUGGAUUAUAUGGCCACUUAAUGCUCUUGGAAUAGAACCGACUUUCGAAUUUCCAAGUUCAGCAUCCAUCAAAGAAGCUGUGCUGUUAAAUGGCUUAGUGGGGAGCGUUAUUUCAGAUUAUUUAUGGGCGCUUUCUGUGGUGUGGACUACGCCAUUAGUCGCGACACUUGGCAUGUCCUUGACAAUCCCCUUGGCAAUGCUGGCUGACAUGCUUAUCCAUGGCCGUCACUACUCUGCAAUCUACAUCCUUGGAUGCGUCCAGGUGUUUGCAGGUUUUGUCAUUGCUAACCUCUCUGAUAAGUUUGCGGGUAACAGAAGAUGAAGUGCUUUACCAACUACAUGACCUUAACCUUUUGACAACGCUGGAAGAAAGCUAAUUUUUCCUAGACAGAAUAUUAUCUGUGUUAAUAUGAUUAGGUGAUAGAACUAUAUUCCCAUUUUUUUUGUGGUUAGUAUGUAAAGUGUGUGAGGGCUGCAAUGUUAUGCAUGCCUCUUUCUUCAACAUCCUAUUGCUAGUGUUAAUUAAUGUGUAAUCUUGGAUACUUGUUUUAGUAUUCUGGAACAAUGUUUGGUCCUUAGUCCUCUUCUGAUGGAAAGCUGCAAUGUGAAGUAAAUCCUCUAGCUUAUUACCAGCAA